GUGUGUGCACCUAUUUUCCGAAAUCAUUAAGCCAACAUAGCACUCGGACGUUGGGACUAAUUCUCAUAUCAUGAAGAUAUAUUUCAUUUCGGCAUGGGACGUAGACCUAUAACAUUUCGUCAUUUACUAACAUUAUGCAUUUCAGGAGCAUUUGUUUUAUUUUUUGGACCAUUUUACUUCCAACUGCCGAGUCCUCAAACACAGGAAGUAGAUCGCCGAGUGCUGCACGAGGUGUAUCAGAAAAAUAAAGUCAUCGCACCAUGUGACGAGGAAAUAAAACUGUGUGGAAAAGACAGUAUAACGAAGGAUGGAGAUACAAGGGGAAGCGACAAUGGCGACUCAGGACCAUUGGCCGUGUUCAAAGAUGGCAUUGUCGGCAACUACGAAAAAUUCGACCCCGGAAAUCGAACUGGUCCAGGUGAGUACGGAGAACCAGUGAUUACUGAAGAUGACGAGAAGACAAAAGCGGAGAUGUCGGCAAGAGAGUUUGGGUUCAACAUGGUCAACAGCGAUAAGAUUGCCAUGGACAGAGCACUGCCAGACAUCCGCCUUAAAGAAUGCAGAUACUGGCACUACCCUGAGGCCCUUCCCACCACCAGCGUCAUCAUUGUCUUCCACAACGAGGGCUGGUCCACCCUGCUCCGCACAGUCCACAGCGUCAUCAACACCUCGCCCACCCGGCUUCUGAAGGAGGUGAUACUCGUCGACGACGACAGCGACACAGAACACCUGAAGGAGAAGCUUGACCUGUAUCUCAAGCAGUUUGAUGGCCUGGUGAGGCUGUACAGGAACGACGAGAGAGAAGGUCUCAUCAGGAGCAGAAUCAAGGGGGCGCUGCUUGCUACCGCUGACGUCAUACUCUUUCUAGAUGCUCACUGCGAGUGCAACAAGAACUGGUUACCUCCCUUACUGACAAGGAUAGCCCAUGACCGAACUAUCAUGGCUGUUCCUAUCAUUGAUGGUAUCGACUGGACCAAGUACACGUACAGAUCCAAUUACUAUGGCACCCACUUCCGAGGCAUAUUCGAGUGGUCAUUGUACUACAAGGAAAGUCUUUUACCUGGCCAGGAAGAGGGACGGAGAAACUACAGGAGCGAACCUUACAGAUCUCCUACACAUGCUGGAGGCCUCUUCGCCAUGGACCGGAAGUACUUCUUUGAGUUGGGUGCAUACGAUCCCGGCCUUGAGAUAUGGGGCGGGGAGAACUUUGAACUCUCCUUCAAGAUAUGGCAGUGUGGGGGCAGUAUAGAGUGGGUGCCGUGUUCCAGGAUAGGGCAUAUUUAUAGGCACUACUCAAUCGACAGGAAGAUUCCCAUGACCAACAGGAUCCCUCUCCACAAGAUGAACUACAUGCGUGUGGUGGAAGUGUGGUUUGAUGAGGAACACAAGGAACACUUCUACCGCCUGGAACCAUGGUUACGAGGGGCGCCACUGGAGAACUUACAGCCCCAACUGGAGUUCCGGCGCAAACACAACUGCAAGAGCUUCAAGUGGUUCAUGGAUAAUGUCGCUAUUGAAGUCCUCGAACGGUUUCCACCUCCACCACAAAACGUAGAAUGGGGACAGAUUCGUCCAUGGUAUACAGAUCAGUGUUGGACAGAAGUCGGUGACCGGAAGAUUGCGCUCAUCCCCUGUGCGUCUCGACCAUAUAGGCAAGGACAGUUUUUCCGACUAGACGUAAACGGUAAACUGGGCCUGGGAGAGAGAUGCGUGCUGCACACAGACGACAAGACGCAACCUCAGAUAUCCAGAUGUCCCGAAAACCCCAAAGGAUCCUGGGAAUAUAUUAAGGAUACACAACAAAUCAGAAGCAACGCGGUACAAAUGUGCAUCCACUUCGAUGAAAAGACAAGUGUACUGUUUUUUAAAAAGUGUGAUCGCAAUUCUCACGAUCAGAAAUGGAUAUUCAAACAGAUCUACAUGUGGAUGUGAUGAUGCUCCUGCUUAGAGUGGAUGAACUAGACAAUGGUUGGAAAAAUGUCAUAUAUAAAUCCCAAAAGCCAAAAAUAGAAAUCACUUCUGCUGGGAAUGGGAAUUCCCUAAAUAAGACUUAUAUUACCCAUCACCAAAUACAAACAACACAGAUUUCAGCUGAAAAUAGAUUCAUCGGAAUAUAUCGUUAACAAACUCCAUCUCAACGUAUCUUAAAGUUUUGCGAAGAAUAGGUGAGAAUGUUUGUUUGCAUGGUGUGGCAGGUUUGUUUCUUUGUGUCGUGGAAUUACCGAAAUGAUGUAAUUUAUUGCGAAUUUGGAUAAAAUAAUUAAAAUGUUGCAUAAAGUCAACAAAUAUUCAUUGGCAAAACAAUUUGCAUUUGUGACGUCAACAACAACUAAGGUAUUUUUCGGUUUACACUGUUCUUUCUGAUACUUUAUACGUACAAUGAAACGUUUUUCAAUAAAAUUCGAUGUCUUGUUGGCACCCAAUAA